GUGAAACAUGCUGGCAAAACCCGAAUAAAGUGAUACUCAGUAUAACAGAGGUCCUGACUUGUAACUCAAACGAACAAUAUAGACUCCUGCAAGUCUACUUGAUUGAGAGUAAAAAAGAGUUGAUUUAGUGUGUUGAGGACACCUCAAAGGCUUCUUUAAGAUGAUGAAAGAAAAGUUAUCCCUGUUAAUCGCGCUGCUGCUGGCGAUGACGUCGGUCGUCUCUGCUGCAUCCCAAGAAAUCUUGCAUACACUUGCCAUUUGUUUUAUUGUGUUCUGCAUCAUCCUUCUGAUCAUUGCCAUGAUCCUUCCUAUUAUACUCUACCGAAGACUUAAGCAACAGAGAACCAAAGGCUACAUUGGAAGUGCCAAGGGUUCCAGGUACGACCUGAGCGGUAGAGAAAGAAAGGUUUCUGAAGCAAAGGGCAAGGAUCCUGUUAGUUUUUACGGCAUCUACAACGAUCCUCAGCCUGCCGACAGUAUUUAUCUGCCUUUGGACAAGAGGACUCAAGAGGAUGGGAACUAUGCUCAUCUUGAGGGAUCCAAAACACAAGAAGAUCCCCACGCAUACGAGGAGCUGAAAAAGAACAACAACACAUUUGUAGCGGCGGUAUACGACAACCCUACGGCAACAGACAACGAUGAUCACGACUAUGAGAUUGCUGACGCUACCAUUGUACGCCCAAAGAGCAAAGACUACGAUAAUCCACCAUGCCAGUCUGACACUGCCCUCUAGUCUCGUCAUUACUGAGCACUAAUAGUCACGCUAAUCCCCCCCCAAUAUAUUUUGCUGCAAGCUUGUCUGUACCAUAAUGGAAUCUAUCUCGCUUGUAAGAGAUACUAAUAAAACUGUCACGCUCAUCUUUAUUCGACAAAAAAGAAUUUAGUAUUGUAAUGAUAGGUUCAGGAUACUAAGAAUUUUUAAAUAACAAAAUUUCAAGUUACGUCAUCGCGGCCAUGUUUGUACGAUUUAACAAAAGAUUUGAUUAGCUUCAUCGUUAACAACACCAAGAUGGCCGCCAUGUUUUUGUCUUGGAUUGCAACCCAUCAAUAUGUUUUCUCAAGUGGUUUUAGGUUGAUUCUCAUGUAGUCUCGAGUUUGAUCUAUAUUUAAUCUGUCUCCUAUUAUUCAAUCAAAAAAAUGUUUUUAUCAUGACUAAGUUUCCUGUAAACUUUAUUUAAAUCAUUGUACUAAACCUGUAUGUCUGCUCUGUUUUAAGCUGACCAAGGAAAUUCCUCUUGAUCCUGCA